AUGGAAGAAUUACUGGCGCCCGCUCGACCAGUUCGAGGAUCAACGGGAGUCAAGGCAGCAUGCCACGAAUCUGAGGUGGUGCGGACUUCAGCUGGAGUAUCCGCAUACAAGGUCCUAGAUUAUGGAGACGGAUAUCGUAGCAAAAGAACUCCAAAGAAGAAAACAAACUGUUCGUUCUCACCGACUAGUGGUGCUGGUGGACUAUCGCGUUCUCGCAGAUUGUCACCAAAGGCGAAUGAGAUCUACGCACUGUGCACAAUCCUCAAAGGCAUCACCCCACCAAUCUGA